AUGGAACUCCAGGCAGAUCUUCGAGCACAGAACCUCUUCAAAUUUGACCAUCAUGUUGCUCUAAUUACUGGAGGCGCCUCUGGCUUAGGCGAAAUCGCCGCGCAAGCAUAUGUGCAGAACGGCGCUAAAGUCUUUAUAGCUAGUCGAAAGGAGUCCGAGUUGAAACGGUGCGCUGCAAGGUUAAAUAACCUUGGCCCCGGCAAGUGCGAAUAUAUUGUCGCCGACCUCAAAGACAAAGCUGGCUGCGACCGAUUGGCAGCAGAAGUCAAGAGCCGCACAGAUAUUUUGACGGUCUUGAUCAACAAUUCUGGGGCUACUUGGGGAGCGCCCUCUGAUGAUUUUCCCGAACACGGCUGGGACAAAAUUAUGGCAUUGAACGUGAAGGCAAUCUUCUACUUGACCAUAGCGCUCGUCCCGCUUCUCCAAAAGAGCGCUUCAGGGAGUGAGCCUUCUAGAGUCAUCAAUUUGGCAUCUAUUGCUGGGCUUUCGACGGGCGACCCUACCGCCACUGGAGAAGGCGGUCUAUCAGUUGCAGGAAGUGGAGCUUAUAGCUACGGUCCCUCAAAAGCAGCUUGUAUUCAUCUGUCUAGGCAACAGGCCUCGCAAUUCGCCCCAAAGAAUAUCUUGGUCAACUGUAUCUGCCCUGGGCUGUUUCCCUCUAGAAUGUCGAACUUCGGCAUUCAGAAGAGCCUUGAAUUCUUCCUGAGUACGCAACCUACCGGCAGAAUAGGCACUCCCGAGGAUUUUGCUGGCCUGGUACUAUUCCUUUCCAGCCGCGGAUCUAACCAUAUCACCGGAAACGUGAUAGAGAUUGAUGGUGGAAGCAUGCGCAGUGGUUGGAAAUCCAAGAAAAGGGGCUCGAAAAUAUAA